GAUGUGGUACACACUAUAGAAGAGGGGAGGCACCUCCCCUGACACAAUAACAUCACUCAAGACCUUGGCGGACGUAUUUCAGUUUCCCCCGUCAUAUUAUCAAGUCCACCUAAAACAACGAAGUCUCCAGUGGCACUGUUUGGAUUAUUGUUGAGGUGUAUUGGAUUUUGGAAUUCUCUUCCGGUCAUGAAUCGGGUUUCAUUGCCCGCCACGGCUCUAUGGCUAUUCACUUUUACGGUUUGCCUUGCUGUGGUGGAGGCACGGAGUUCUGCUGAGCUGAGGAGACAGAAGAGGGAAUGGAUCGUUCCUCCACAGAAACUGGAAGAAAACAUUGAUUACACCAAGAGGGAGUUCAUUGCCAAGAUCCGGUCGGAUUCAGAUGACGGGACUGGGAACGUGCUGUACUCCCUGAAGGGGAAAGGGGCCGAUAAAUACCCCUUCAACCUGUUUGUGGUGGACCCCGACACAGGCUUUGUACGUGUGACUGGGAUUCUGGACCGCGAGGUGAUCGACAUGUACACUCUGCAAGGUGUCGCUACCUUCAGGGAUGGCCGAGAGGCAGAGAAAAAUAUUGAUCUGCGCAUUAGUGUCGUGGAUCAGAAUGACAACCCUCCUAUAUUUGGCAUAAUCCCUCCAGGAGAGGUGUUCGAGCUCAGCUCAGUUGGUACAGAUAUCAUGACGAUCACUGCGACGGAUGCCGACGAGGAAGAGAACGAGAACUCUCAGAUUGCCUACAGUAUCGUCAAGCAGGAACCGGCGGGAGAGGACAUGUUCCAGAUCUCCGGAGACGGAGUGCUCAGCGUCAGAAACGCUAACCUGGAUAGAGAAACUCAAGACACAUACACGCUGACGGUGAGAGCGUCCGAUUUGAACGGUAAACCCGGGUGCAAGUCUGCCACAUCGACCGUGGUUAUCAAACUGAAGGACGUGAAUGACAACCCCCCUACUCUGCAGCUGAGCCAGUAUGAGGGUGAUAUAGAGGAGAACACUGAAGGGAUAGAGGUGAUGAGGAUCAAAGCCGAGGACCUGGAUGUGGAGAACACCGACAACUGGCUGGCCGAGUUUGAGAUCGUCAAGGGUAACGAAGGGGGCUACUUCACCAUCCACACAGACCCGAAGACUAACGAGGGAGUCCUGAUGUUAGUCAAGCCUGUGAACUAUGAGGAUGUGAAGGACCUGGAUCUUGGCCUGGCUGUUCGGAACAAGGCUCCGUAUUAUGAUGGUGUUGGAGGCGGCGCAGGAGCGGGAAUAGGAAUCGGAAUGGGGGGUGGAGGUGGGGGUGGAAGUGGGGGCGGAGGUGGAGGUGGAGGUGGGGGCGCCGGCGGAGGUGGGAGUGGAGGCGGGGGGAUGGGAGGAGGGGGAGGAUCCUUGUCCUCGGGUGGAGGAUCAACGUCUUGGUAUACCACUGGAGGAAAACUGUAUCCCGUUAAAAUCAACGUGAAGAACCAGCCGGAAGGGCCACAUUUCGACCCCAAGGUCAAGGCCAUUCCCAUCUCAGAGGAUGGGAAGACGUUCCAAAUCAACAAGGUCAUUGGCAAGUACCCUGCCAUAGACGGGGACACCCUACUGCCGGCUACGAAUGUCAGGUAUGCGAAAGGGGCUGACCCAAACAACUGGCUCAUCAUUGAUGAUAUGACAGGAGAAAUCAAACUCAGCAAGCUGCCAGACAGGGAAUCGGCGCACCUGGUUAAUGGGACAUACUACGCCCAAAUAUUGUGCAUGACCCAAGACAAUCCCUCGAAGACAGCCACUGGCACUAUAGCCAUCCAGGUGCAGGAUUACAACGAUCACUGCCCGACUCUGACCAGCAACCUUCAGACCAUGUGCACCACUGCUGUGGCGGUCUACGUCACAGCGGUGGACAUGGACGUGGACCCAAACGGGGCUCCCUUCAGCUUCACGAUCGUCCCAGAGGAGACCACAGGCAACUGGGUGGUGGAGCACUUUAACGACACAACUGUCAUCCUCCGCAGCAGUGAGGCCCUGUGGCCCGGAUCCUACGACGUCACCUUGGAGAUCAAGGACCAACAGGGACACUCAUGUCCCACCCUGCAGAAGAUGAAGGUGGAGGCGUGCACAUGCGUAGUAGGGGGCACGUGCGGGCCCCGGGGCCAGGACAGCAAAGGGGCGGCGCUAGGCCCCAAAGCCAUUGGCCUGCUCUUCCUGGGUCUGCUGAUGCUACUGCUCGUUCCCCUGCUUCUGCUGUUCUGUGACUGCGGGGGGGCCGGGGGCAUGGUUGGGGGCUUUACUGAGAUGCCCUUCGACACCAAAGCCCACCUCAUCUCCUACCACACGGAAGGCCAGGGAGAGAACACGGAAGUGCCUCUGCUCGUCAUGCCGACGCAAGUGGACUCAGGAAUGGCCCAGACCACCUCCAUGGGCAUGGGCAUGGCCCAGACCACCGCCAUGGGCAUGGGCAUGGGCAUGGGUAUGAGAAUGGGCUCGGCAGCAGCCGUGGGAGGCGGAGCCUUCCAGAACUCCGCCUCCACCAUGGGCAGUGGUUACUACCAGGAUGGCCGCGUGGACAUGGCCUACAGGACCGGAAGGGAGCUGGCGGGUCAGCAACAAGGAAGUGGCUUCUACUCCGAGUUUGACGCCAGAGAGGAGGCGUAUAAUGACAGUGCCUUGCCAGACCACAUUCUGAAUGACUAUUACUCUCAGAAGUCAAGCUGUUUAGCAGAGAACUACUCCCAGAAGGACAGUCUGUUGGUGUACGACUACGAGGGCCAGGGUUCACCUGUGGGCUCAGUGGGCUGCUGCAGCCUCCUGGAAUCUGACGACGACCUCCAGUUCCUCGACGACCUGGGGCCAAAGUUCAGGACCCUGGCUGAGGUCUGCACGGGUAAGAAGAUCCAGACUGAGUUCAAACCCAUAGUCUCCGCACCUCCGCCCCCUAGGCCCAACGCCCCUCUCGCAUCAACCACCACCACAAAAGUGACAGUGGCUUCCAGCACCGCCGUCGCCACCCCUCCGCGUCCAGCGCCGGUGAAGCACGUGGACAGGACGCUGGUGUUGAAGGAGUCGGAACGUUCCGGAACCCUGAGGGAGGGCAUGGCAGGUCAGAACCAGACCAUCCUGGUGCAGCAGCCUAUGUACUAUGCCACCACCCCCAUGAUGCAGCCCAUGCACUACGUCGUGGAGCCACAGGUCCACAACACUGUGCUGUUGGCAGAGAGGCCCGCUGCUAACCUGCAGGGUAUGAUAAUGGUCAACGGGCCUCCGCCAGGACCCGCUCAGGGCCUGAUGGUGCAGGGGCAGCGGGUGGUGUCCAGCGGGCCUGCCCAGGGCCAGGGGAUGGUGCUGGUGGAGAGGAGUGGAGGUGGGGGGCAAGUUAGGCUGGAGGGAGGGAACUCUAACCUGAUUCACAUGGGCCCUUAUACUGGGUCUCAGAAUAUGAUGGUGGUGGAGGGACAGGUGCCCGUGGGGUCAGGGCAAAUCCUGCAGGGGGGCCAGAUUGUGCAAGGGGGGCAGGUGCUUCAAGGGGGGCAUGUGUUCCAGGGAGGGCAAAUGCUUCAAGGGGGGCAGGUGCUCCAGGGAGGGCAAAUGCUUCAAGGGGGGCAGGUGCUCCAAGGUGGGCAGGCGUUCCAGGGGGGGCAGGUGCUCAAGGGGGGCCAGACAUGGGUGCAGCAGGGCUCCCUGCAACGUGGGGGCCUAUCAGGGUCUCACAGCAUGCUGCUGAUGGAGGGCAGCGCGGGGCAGGUGGUUCAGGAGGGGCUGUCCGGGCUUGCCCAGGGCUCCCUGCAGAGAAGUGGGCUUUCUGGCACCCAGAGAGUCCAGUACAGUAAGCAGACCAGCGGUGCUAAUGCAGGCUCCAGUGCAGGUUCACACAGCGGCACGCUCGGGUUUAAAGGUUCCUCAAGUUCAAUCAGCACCACACCCGCCUCCCACAAGGUGAUAGUGAAAGAGAAGAGAGUUGUGACUAGUCAUGAUGUCAGCCAAUAAGGCCUUUCCCCCACACAGCAACAAUAGAUACAUACUAAAAUACCACUAAAGAGAAACGUUAUCAGGUUUAAGUGUUUUUGUCUUGAGAUCACGCUGUAUUUAAAUGUGCGGCACAGGACAUCUAAAACGUACCACACAAGGUAGGUUCUGAUGUGGGAAACUAUAUCAGGAUGGUACCCACCACUCGGUGGGUACAGAAUGUGUUCGGGCAUGCUGGUAUAGAAUGUAGUCUCAUGUGUCUGCUUGCACAGAGAGCUGAAUUCAUCGGAAAUAUCUCAGCUUGGUGCAGCUAGCAGGUGAGAAUGUGUGGCCGCACGUGUGUUGUUUAUUUUCUGCCUUUCUGACUGUAGAGUGUUUCUGUCCGUUGUCUUAAUAUCUCAUUUCCGUUUUGUAAUUUUGUAUUUAAUUUGAUAUUUCUAACUUUUGAGAGAAAAGUCCUACUUGCUUUGUUACACACAACUUACACUGUUAUAUAAAUGAAUUGAAUUUGCAUGUAUGUUACAGUUCCGUCAUAUGAAUUCUUAUUUUAUCGAUGCCACACACACCCAAUUUUUACACAGCUUAGAGACUGAGAUAAUUGAAUUAUGCCAGUUAGGAUUUAAUUACAUGGGUGACAGUUUGCUUUGAACUUAAUCCACCCCUGUGAGGACUGUAAACUAGCUUAACCGGGUAAGCAGGAGGGCUGUGGCGUGCUGGGAGAGAAACCACACUCCUAGUAGAGGAGGUGUGUUAUAUGCAAAUUGUAAUGAACACCACUUGCCAAUUCUCCUACCAUUCCCCUCUGGGGUUUUGACUUAAUUGUAAAAUUCCUCUGGCACAACUGAAGAAUAUCCUGGAUCAGCUAAAACACUGUUUGACGUGUUUGGACGCUAAUCAUCUAGGUUUUUAUUGCUUAAUAUCUUAACUGCCAUUGUUUUUGGGGUUGAUGUUUGUAGUUUUGUGUCAAAUUACUUUGUUGUUCUGGUUGUUGUCUGUGGGCCAUAAUGUAUAUUUUUGCUUCAUGCCUCAAGUCAUGGUAACAAGCAUACAAUUAGUUGUCCUUUUAAUCAGACUCAGUUGUCAAUAUUCAGACAUUUACAUCAUUUUGAGGGAGUAUUUGUUUUAUUAUUAUUAUGAUUGAAAAAUGUCUCUCAAUGGGGAAUCCUCGGAUUCUCGUUAGUGCACUGUAUUUUUGGCCAACAUUAAGAAUGACAUGUUUUUUUGUUUCUGAAAUAAACAUUACUUGUGACUA